ACGGAAAAACGUUUCCAGGGCGAGUUGGAGCGUUCAGGGUCCUCCUCGGAGCUCAGGCUGCCCACGGGUCUUCAGACCUAACUUUAAGGGUCGUGCCAGACUUCGUAGGGACGGCUACACUGGCCCACAGACCCCAGUUCCUGGGUGAUGCGGCUGGGCGCGACCAGCACGCAGACUUCCAGCGACGAGGCGGUCGCGUGAAAGUUACUGCGCGCGUCGUGCGUAAUGACGUCUGCGCCGGCGGAGAAUUUCAAAUUCGAACGGCCUUGGCGGGCAGAGAAAGAACCUGGUGUUUUGAUGACUGCUGUCCUAUCCAGCGGAUACUUGCACGGUUUACAGAAAUUCGGUCCCUGGGUCGUGUCAGGAAACUGGAAAAAAGGUCAUAAGCAUGAAGCGCAGUUCAGUUUCCACCGGUGGUGCUGGCCGCCUCUCCAUGCAGGAGUUAAGAUCCCAGGAUGUAAAUAAACAAGGCCUCUAUACCCCUCAAACCAAAGAAAAACCAACUUUUGGAAAGUUGAGUAUAAACAAACCGACAUCUGAAAGAAAAGUCUCGCUAUUUGGCAAAAGAACUAGUGGACAUGGAUCCCGGAAUAGUCAACUUGGUAUAUUUUCCAGUUCUGAGAAAAUCAAGGACCCGAGACCACUUAAUGACAAAGCAUUCAUUCAGCAGUGUAUUCGACAACUCUGUGAGUUUCUUACAGAAAAUGGUUAUGCACAUAAUGUGUCCAUGAAAUCUCUACAAGCUCCCUCUGUUAAAGACUUCCUGAAGAUCUUCACAUUUCUUUAUGGCUUCCUGUGCCCCUCAUACGAACUUCCUGACACAAAGUUUGAAGAAGAGGUUCCAAGAAUCUUUAAAGACCUUGGGUAUCCUUUUGCACUAUCCAAAAGCUCCAUGUAUACAGUGGGGGCUCCUCAUACGUGGCCUCACAUUGUGGCAGCCUUAGUUUGGCUAAUAGACUGCAUCAAGAUACAUACUGCCAUGAAAGAAAGCUCACCUUUAUUUGAUGAUGGGCAGCCUUGGGGAGAAGAAACUGAAGAUGGAAUUAUGUAUAAUAAGUUGUUUUUGGACUACACCAUAAAAUGCUAUGAGAGUUUUAUGAGUGGUGCCGACAGCUUUGAUGAGAUGAAUGCAGAGCUGCAGUCAAAACUGAAGGAUUUAUUUAAUGUGGAUGCUUUUAAGCUGGAAUCAUUAGAAGCAAAAAACAGAGCAUUGAAUGAACAGAUUGCAAGAUUGGAACAAGAAAGAGAAAAAGAACCGAAUCGUCUAGAGUCGUUGAGAAAACUGAAGGCUUCCUUACAAGGAGAUGUUCAAAAGUAUCAGGCAUACAUGAGCAAUUUGGAGUCCCAUUCAGCCAUUCUUGACCAGAAAUUAAAUGGUCUCAAUGAGGAAAUUGCUAGAGUAGAACUAGAAUGUGAAACAAUAAAACAGGAGAACACUCGACUACAGAAUAUUAUUGACAACCAGAAGUACUCAGUUGCAGACAUUGAGCGAAUAAAUCAUGAAAGAAAUGAAUUGCAGCAGACUAUUAAUAAAUUAACCAAGGACCUGGAAGCUGAACAGCAGAAGUUGUGGAAUGAGGAGUUAAAAUAUGCCAGAGGCAAAGAAGCGAUUGAAACACAAUUAGCAGAGUAUCACAAAUUGGCUAGAAAAUUAAAACUUAUUCCUAAAGGUGCUGAGAGUUCCAAAGGUUAUGACUUUGAAAUUAAGUUUAAUCCCGAGGCUGGUGCCAACUGCCUUGUCAAAUACAGGGCUCAAGUUUAUGUACCUCUUAAGGAACUCCUGAAUGAAACUGAAGAAGAAAUUAAUAAAGCUCUAAAUAAAAAAAUGGGUUUGGAGGAUACUUUAGAACAAUUGAAUGCAAUGAUAACAGAAAGCAAGAGAAGUGUGAGAACUCUGAAAGAAGAAGUUCAAAAGCUGGAUGAUCUUUACCAACAAAAAAUUAAGGAAGCAGAGGAAGAGGAUGAAAAAUGUGCCAGUGAGCUUGAGUCCUUGGAGAAACACAAGCACCUGCUAGAAAGUACUGUUAACCAGGGGCUCAGUGAAGCUAUGAAUGAAUUAGAUGCUGUUCAGCGGGAAUACCAGCUAGUUGUGCAAACCACGACUGAAGAAAGACGAAAAGUGGGAAAUAACUUGCAACGUCUGUUAGAGAUGGUUGCUACACAUGUUGGGUCUGUAGAGAAACAUCUUGAGGAGCAGAUUGCUAAAGCUGAUAGAGAAUAUGAAGAAUGCAUGUCAGAAGAUCUCUCGGAAAAUAUUAAAGAGAUUAGAGAUAAGUAUGAGAAGAAAGCUGCUCUAAUUAAAUCUUCUGAAGAAUGAAGAUAAAAUGUUGAUCAUGUAUAUAUAUCCAUAGUGAAUAAAAUUGUCUCAGUAAAGUGUA